AUGUCCAAAAGAACUAAGAAAGUCGGCAUCACAGGUAAAUAUGGUGUCCGUUAUGGUUCCUCAUUAAGAAGACAAGUCAAGAAGUUGGAAGUCCAACAACAUGCUAGAUAUGAUUGUUCAUUCUGUGGUAAGAAAACUGUGAAAAGAGGAUCUGCAGGUAUUUGGAACUGUAAAUCCUGUAAUAAGACAGUCGCAGGAGGUGCUUAUGCCGUAUCCACCGCUGCAGCCGCCACAGUUAGAUCUACUAUUAGAAGAUUAAGGGAUAUGGUCGAAGCAUGA